GGCGGAGAGGAAGCGUCAGUCGGCCGGACCGCGGACCUGUCUGCAUGUAGUCGGGCUCGCUCGCCCGCCCCCGGGAGCCACGGCCUCAUCGGCGGUAGCACCAGCGACGGAGAGCGCCAUCGGCGGGCCCUCGCGGCGCCCAGUCCUCGCGGCGCCCGCCCCUCUCGCCCUCGGAAUCGGCCCUACCCGCCGCCGGCGGAGGCGUGAGGAGACGACGGGCGAGCGCCGCGAGCAGCGUUAGCCGCCGCAGCCUCCGGUCCUCCCUCCGCCUCCCCCCCCCCCCCGCUCCCCCUCCUCCCACUUCCCCGAGCUCCGCCGGGUCCCGGCCACGCUCGGAGCUGCCGCAGAAACAAAAGAAGGCCCCCGCGGCGGCGGCAGCGCCACCUCCGCCCGCGGCUCCUACCCGCUCCCGGCCCGGGGCAGCGGCUCCAGGGCGUCCGGCUCGCCCGCCUCAGGCUUCGGCCCGGCCCCACUGCGCCGGCGUCGCGCGCAGGCCCGGCUCCUGCCUCCUGCUCACGCAGGCAGAAAAAUAUGGCUCAAGAGACUAACCAGACCCCAGGGCCCAUGCUGUGUAGUACAGGAUGUGGCUUUUAUGGGAAUCCUAGGACAAAUGGAAUGUGUUCUGUUUGCUACAAAGAGCAUCUUCAGAGGCAGCAGAAUAGUGGCAGAAUGAGCCCAAUGGGGACAGCUAGUGGUUCCAACAGUCCUACCUCAGAUUCUGCAUCUGUGCAAAGAGCAGACGCUAGUUUAAACAACUGUGAAGGUGCUGCUGGCAGCACAUCUGAAAAAUCAAGAAAUGUGCCUGUGGCUGCCUUGCCUGUAACUCAGCAAAUGACAGAAAUGAGCAUUUCAAGAGAGGACAAAAUAACUACCCCGAAAACAGAGGUGUCAGAGCCAGUUGUCACUCAGCCCAGUUCAUCAGUUUCUCAACCCAGUACUUCUCAAAGUGAAGAAAAAGCUCCUGAGUUACCCAAACCAAAGAAGAAUAGAUGUUUCAUGUGCAGAAAGAAAGUUGGCCUUACAGGGUUUGACUGCCGAUGUGGAAAUUUGUUUUGUGGACUUCACCGUUACUCUGACAAGCACAACUGUCCGUAUGAUUACAAAGCAGAAGCUGCAGCAAAAAUCAGAAAAGAGAAUCCAGUUGUUGUGGCUGAAAAAAUCCAGAGAAUAUAAAUUACUACUUGUGAAGAGACUGAAACUUUGUUUUUAUUUUAAUAUAUCGUAGGAAAACAUUAAAGAGCAGAUGCAUGGCCAUUUUCCUUU